AACAGCUGGUCCGCAGUUGCUUAGCAGACGACGAGAGCAAAAUGGCCGACGACGCUCUCUUCGACUUUUUAUUCAUGGAAAUGACGAACUCUCUCUACUCCCAAAACGAUCCUGCAGAACGGGACGCAUCCGUGACCAAGCUGGAACAAAUUGGAUUUUCGACGGGUUACAGAUUGGUGGAAAAGCUCACGAAAGACUGGCCCCGGUUCAAGACGGAGCUGGAUGUCAUUAAAUUCAUUUGUAAGGAGUUCUGGUCCGCGGUCUACAAGAAGCAGAUCGACAACUUGAGGACAAAUCACCAUGGGGUCUACGUGCUUCACGACAACAGGUUCCGGUUCUUGACUCAACUGUCGAACAACAAGCAGUACAUUGAAAUGGCUCCCAAGUACUUGGCUUUCACGUGCGGGUUGAUCCGCGGCACUCUGGCAAACCUGGGUAUCAACAGCGUUGUCACGGUAGAGGUCACAGUCAUGCCUGCCUGUAAGUCUCCUGCUAGAACAUUCUUCAAAAUACAAACCUACAGUGGUCUGAAUUGUUAUGCAUAGUGUCCGGAGUUUGUUGGCAACCGAGUCAACCUCGGACUAUUGGAAGGUUCUCCAUAACUACAAUCUCACUAUACCCUUGUGGUGAUAGUCAAUGCCAUUAAAAGUGCAUUCUCCGACUCCCCUCAAGAGGAACUUGUUGAGUCAU